ACCUUCAUUUAUUACCUUGUUUUAUUAAUGCUGAAAACAUUGAUAAUUGACUGAAUUGUUGUCUAUUUAUAGCAUAGCACACUUUGGCUCGUAAGAGAUACAUACAACUUGAGCUGUUGGCGUGCAGCUGACCAUUUCACAAGUCUAAGUGCGACAUAAAAAUUAAUAAUUCCAAUUUGGCGUUAUGGCAGCGGAGGUGUCUACGCCACACAACUGGAGUGAAAUGGUGCCGGAGAUGGUGAUAGAGGAGGAGGAGACGCUAGAGGAGGCACUCAUUGGACGUGGAGCUCGACGCACUGCCAACGAUGAUGGCGAUGCUGUUAUUAAUGGAGAUGAUCUAUCUAUCGGUGUUGAGGAAGAGGCAAACAAGGACAAGCCUAAAAAUAGCGCCAACUUUGACAACAAUGAAGGAAUUGAGAGCUUGGCUACAAACGUAAGGACUGUAGACUUUCAGAAGGUUCUAAACGUUGUGGUCAAUCCUCAUCAUGAGACGGGAAAUAUCAACGGAGAAAGUCUUUCUGGCGUAUGCCUUCCAUCUUCACGAGGACAAAAUGAGACGGGAAAUACUAAGGGAGAUAUUCUUUCUGGUGUGUCCCUUCCACCUUCACUAGGACAUGAUUCACAGUCAAGUGGUUCAGUCAGAAAAGGAAGGGAAAAUGAAAGAAUCAUUGAAGAAGUUGAGGAAGAAGUUGUCGAGUUAGAGUUCUUUGAUACAACAGCAGUUGAUAAGCUACACACACAUAAUGCAUACUGUCCUAAGUGUAGUUCUCGUAUAACUAAAGUUGUCCUCCGAAGGGUAAAGCGAGAAAGAAGGAUUUCAAUAGAAAUUGGUGAUCGUCAUGACCUACUUGGAUGCCUGUCAUGCUUCAGCGUUUUCAUUCGUAUAGGAAAGAAGCUCAACCCAUUCCCGAUAUUUGGAAGUGGAGGAGGAACUAAUAGUACAGAAAUAGCUGGAGAACCAGAUCUCUCUAACACAAACUCCGUGCCUUCUGGGUCUGCUAAGGUAGUGGGAAAGCCAGUGACAAAUGAAGAUGGAUGCUUUGAUCUGCAUUGGUUCUUCCACAAGAGAAGAGAGCAGGACAAUGGAAAGAAGUUAACUGAGCCAGAUCUUAAUCAAGCAAACAAUAUUACUGAUUUGGGUUCACCCCAUAAUCCAUGUGAAACAUCAGAUGGACAGAAUGGUCCUCCUUUUCCAAAUAGAGGAGUACCAGCAACUAAAGAUAAUGCAACUGAUCAUAAACCCCCAAGUCCUAAGAAAACAUUAGGAACUCCUCCAGCGAAAGGAUUCAUUCAUCCAGGAAGUCUCUUUGAUCUAGGAGAGGAAGGUGGCUUCAUUCCAGGGCCAAUGCCUUCCAAAAAAUCACCAAGUCAAAUUAAAGAGAAUAAAGGAGACGAUAGCCGAAUUCCUAUGGAAGACCCAAGAGCUUCUCCAUCAUCAGUGUAUUCCAGCAAUACACAAAGACCAGUACUUUCAGUUGAAGUUAAAGAUUCCAAAUCACUGGAGAUUGUAAAAUGCAUUGUAUAUGGAGGUUUAAUAGAGUCAAUCACAAGCUUGGGUGUGGUCUCCUCUGCAGCUGCAUCUGAUGCUGACACAAUGAAGAUCGUAACUCUUGGAGUGGCAAAUUUGAUAGGUGGACUCUUUGUCAUUUGUCAAAAUUUAGUGGACUUGAAAUAUAGUGUUGGAGGAGGUUCCAAUCUUAGAGACCAAGUAGAUCAAUACGGGGAGCUACUUGGCCAAAGAAAACAUUUCUUACUUCAUGCUACUUUUGCCCUGUUGUCAUAUUUUGUGUUCGGCCUUGUCCCCCCAGUGAUAUAUGGCUUCACUUUUCGGAAGAGUAAUGACAAAGACUACAAGCUUAUAGCAGUUGCAGCAGCUUCUCUUCUGUGCGUUAUCCUACUUGCUACUGCAAAGGCUUAUACACGAGGAGCAAAUAAGUUUGGUAAAUACUUCAAGACUAUUUUGUCCUAUGUUAUAGCUGCAUGUAUGGCCUCAGGUGUUGGUUAUGCAGCAGGUCAUUUAAUUAAGAGGCUCAUGGAUGACUUUGGCUGGUUUGACUCAAAGCCGGCACCCUCUUUUUUUUCCCCUGAGAUGAUUUCACAAAAUCCAGCCUGGGCGUCCAAUUGACAUCUUCUGUGUUGUUAAAUCAUCUGUAGUUCUCCUUUUCGUUCUUUGCAGCUUUCAGAACCUCUGAGAAUUUGGUUGUUUCCUUUUUAUUAAGCUAAAUUAGUUUGUAUUGGUUGUUCCUAUGUGAUAUUCAAAUGAUGUUUUUGCUGCCUCUACUUGUGGUAUUCAACUUGGUUUAAAAACAUCUCAAAUUUCUCUC